AGCAAGAGGACGGACGAGUGUGUGGUUCAUAGAACAGCAUUCGAAAUAAUUAUACUUCUCUGUUUAAAACGUAGUCGAAACAUCUGUGUUUGGCUGAAACUCUAAUGCGGUUAUGGACACCGCUGUGCUGACCUUGCACAGCCUCUUUGAGAACCUCAGGGCCCAUGUGGAGAUCCUAAAUGAAGGCAUUGAGCCUCAGUUCAUCCAGAUAGCUUUGAAUUUUGAAGAGUGCCGCCGCAAGUGGCUGAGGCUGGAGCAAGAGCUGGGCUCCUGCAAGGAGGUGCUGGCCAAGGCAGAGACCGAAAGGGGGGCCCUGGAAGUCAAACUCAAGCAUGCCCGCAACCAGGUGGACGUGGAGAUCCGUCGUCGGCAGAAGGCAGAGGCUGAGUGUGAGAAGCUAGAUCGUCAGAUUCAGCUGAUCAGGGAGCUGUUGGUCACAGAGGGUUCCAGCAACAGCAUCCAGCUCAAUGAAGAACAGCGUUCAGCUCUUGCCUUCCUCAAUGCCCGUUCACAGGCGACUCCCAACCCCAAUACCAGCCGGAGAUUAACGACCAUUGAUGAGUCUGCUUCCAUUCUGUCAGAUAUCAGCUAUGACAAGACAGAUGACUCUCUGGACUGGGACUCAUCCCUUGUGAGGACAGUUCGACUGAAGAAGCGAGAGAAGAGGCGCUCCUCCCGAAAUCAUGUUGAUGGCCCUCCUUGUGCUGCAAAAAAGUCUCGCUCCACUGGCCGUACUUCAGAGAAGGGGAAUGAAUCUAUUGUGGCAAAGACAACAUUGACAGUACCUGCUGAUGGUGGGCCAAUUGAGGCAGUUUCCACAAUUGAGGCAGUUCCCUAUUGGACUCGUAGUAGGAGGAGGACUGCCCUUCAGGAGUGGGAUGCUCAGUCUGAAAAUGUCUUUAAGCCACCUACCAACCCUAAUGUGGAGCCAUCCAGUGAACCUAUGACUCCUCACGGCAAUGGGGGGGUCCGCAUGCAUGAGUUCAUUUCCAAAACGGUCAUCAAGCCUGAAACCUGUGUGCCCUGUGGUAAGAGAAUAAAGUUUGGAAAGCUGUCAUUCAAGUGCCGAGACUGCAGAGUGGUGACUCAUCCUGAGUGCCGUGAGCGAUGCCCACUGCCAUGCAUCCCGACUAUGGUUGGCACCCCAGUUAAGAUGGGAGAGGGCACCUUGGCUGACUAUGUUCCAGCUGUGUCACCCAUGAUUCCCUCUUUGGUGGUCCACUGUGUCAAUGAGAUUGAACAGAGAGGGCUGCAUGAGACUGGCCUUUAUAGGGUCUCAGGUGUAGACCGUACUGUGAAGGAACUGAAGGAAAAAUUCUUGCGUGGGAAAACCGUUCCACUGCUCAGCAAAGUAGAUGAUAUCCAUGCGAUCUGUGGCCUUCUCAAAGAUUUCCUAAGGAAUCUUAAGGAGCCGCUGCUCACCUUCCGUCUCAACCGGGCCUUCAUGGAGGCAGCGGAAACUCCAGAUGAUGACAAUAGUAUUGCUUUAAUGUACCAAACGAUCAGCGACUUACCACAAGCGAACAGAGAUACACUGGCCUUUCUGAUGAUCCAUCUCCAGAGAGUUGCUCAGAGCCCAGAUACCAAGAUGGAUAUUAGCAACUUGGCACGAGUGUUUGGACCCACUAUUGUUGGUCAUGCAGUGCCUGAACCUGAAUCCAUGACAAUUCUGCAGGAUACUAAGCGGCAGCCAAAGGUUGUUGAGCGCCUCCUGAGCUUACCAGUGGAGUACUGGCACCAGUUCAUAAUGGCAGAUCAAGAAAAUGCCCACCCUGAUCACCUGAUCAUAGAGAAUGUCAACUCGUAUGCUACUCCUGAUCAAAAAGUGAGUAUGUUGGGGCCACUGACCACUCCAGAACACCAGAUGAGCAAAACUCCUUCCUCCAGCUCCUUGUCUCAGCGCAUGAAGUCUACUCUGAGCAGAACCACUCCUAAAUUUGGAAGCAAGAGUAAGUCCUCUGCCAGCAUCAGCCGCCAGGGGAAUUUCUUUGCUUCUCCACUCCUGAAGUAGCAAGACUCAAAUGGACGAACAAUAUUCCUUUCACUUUAAACAGGGAACUGCUGCAAUAGCAUGUAAUAUUUUAUA